AUGGCGGAGGACGCGCGCGAGUUGUCCGAUUCCUCCCCGGCGCCGCCGCGGGAGGAGGGCUCCGACGAGCAGUUCGCGGCCGUACCGCUCGGCGACGAGGAAGGCGUCGUCGAGGUCGAGGAGGAGGAGGCGUCGGAUCCGGGGAUGAGUACCAGCACGCCCGCGACGCCCUACGAGCCGUCCCCGCGGCCCAGGCGGCGGCCGCGGCCGCCUGGAGUGCCGGCCGACGCGCCACAGGAGGUGGUGCGGGCGGUGGAGGAGGCGAUCGCGGGCGGGGCGGACCUCCUCCACGAGGUGGUCUCCCAGGAGCAGGGCGAGCUGGCACACUCCGUCGUCGACGUGCUGCUCGGCACCAUGGGCGGUGCGGACGAGGCAGGCGACGCCACCGGCACCGGCGCUCCUCCCACCGUCAUGAUCAGCUCGCGUGCUGCUGUUGUCGCCGCCGAGCUGCUGCCCCAUCUUCCCGAAGACGACGAGCCGUCGCCGCGCACUCGUGCAGCCUCGGGUCUGCACGCCGCCCUCCGCGCCUGCACUCGCAACCGUGCCAUGUGUUCUUCCGCAGGCCUCCUGGCUACCCUCCUCGCGUCCGCAGAGAAGCUGUUCGUCGAAAUGGAUCAGGGUAGUAGAUGGGACGGGACGCCACUGCUUCAGUGCAUUCAGAUGUUGGGUGGGCACUCGCUUAGUGUGAAAGACCUGCAUUCCUGGCUUGAUUUGGUUAGAAAGGCACUUGGAACUAGCUGGGCCACGCCACUUAUGCUAGCGCUUGAGAAGGCCAUGGGCAGCGUGGAAGCAAAAGGUCCUGCUGUGACAUUUGAGUUUGACGGAGAGAGCUCUGGUCUGCUUGGCCCAGGUGACAGCAGGUGGCCCUUCCUAAAUGGAUAUGUGUUCGCUACUUGGAUAUAUAUAGAAUCAUUCUCGGAUACGCUUAGCACAGCAACAGCUGCCGCAGCCAUUGCUGCUGCUGCGGCGGCAACAUCUGGAAAAUCAUCAGCAAUGUCAGCUGCUGCGGCAGCCAGUGCCCUUGCGGGAGAAGGAACAACACACAUGCCCCGGCUUUUCAGCUUUCUCUCUUCAGAUAACCAGGGCGUGGAAGCCUACUUUCAUGGCCAGUUCUUGGUGGUGGAGAGUGUGGGUGGGAGGGGUAAGAAAUCUUCUUUGCACUUCACAUAUGCGUUCAAGCCUCAGUGCUGGUAUUUUGUUGGUUUGGAGCACACAAACAAGCAUAGUUUGCUUGGAAAGGGUGAUAGUGAAUUGAGGCUGUAUGUUGACGGUAGCCUGUAUGAGAGCCGUCCUUUUGAGUUUCCGCGUAUCUCGAAACCACUUGCAUUUUGCUGCAUUGGGACAAAUCCACCACCAACUAUUGCAGGCCUGCAGAGGCGCAGGCGGCAAUGCCCAUUAUUUGCUGAAAUGGGGCCUGUCUACAUCUUCAAGGAACCAGUUGGGCCAGACAGAAUGAGACGGCUAGCAUCCCGAGGAGGAGAUACACUGCCCAGUUUUGGAAAUGGCGCAGGCUUGCCAUGGAAGGCAACUAAUGAUCACAUUAAGAGUAUGGCUGAAGAGAGCUUUACACUCAACAAUGAGAUUGGGGGAAGCUUGCAUCUUCUUUACCAUCCUAGUCUUCUCACUGGGCGGUUUUGCCCAGAUGCCUCACCUUCUGGUUCAUCAGGCACUCAUCGAAGGCCUGCAGAGGUUCUUGGAUUGGUUCAUGUCUCAUCUCGUGUGCGACCUGCAGAAUCUUUAUGGGCCUUAGCUUAUGGGGGCCCAAUGGCUUUACUUCCACUAACCAUAGGCAAUGUGCAUGUGGACAGCCUUGAGCCUACACCUGGGGACUUGCCAUCGUCCCUUGCUACUGUUUCCCUUUCUGCCCCAGUUUUCAGGAUUAUUUCCCAAGCUAUUCAACACCCUGGAAAUAAUGAAGAAUUAUGCCGGACAUUUGCACCAGAGCUUUUAUCACGUGUUUUGCAUUAUCUGUUGCGAGCUCUUUCAAAGCUGGAAAGUGGAGAAGAGGCACUGACUGAUGAGGAGCUUGUUGCUGCCAUUGUAUCUUUGUGCCAGUCUCAAAGAAAUAAUCAUGAACUUAAAGUGCAGCUUUUCAGCAGCUUGCUGUUGGACCUAAAUCUAUGGAGUUCAUGCAGUUAUGGUUUACAGAAGAAGCUUCUGUCCUCUCUUGCAGACAUGGUAUUUACAGAGUCUGCUUGCAUGCGAGAUGCCAAAGCGAUGCAAAUGCUUCUUGAUGGCUGCAGAAGGUGUUACUGGGUAAUUCAGGAACCGGAUUCAAUCGAUAACUUUGCACUUACUGGAACAAAGAGAUCUUUGGGGGAAGUGAAUGCUCUAGUCGAUGAACUUUUGGUUGUUAUUGAACUGCUGUUAGGAGCAGCAUCUUCAACAGCAGCUGCAGAUGAUGUUCGCUGUUUGAUUGGAUUUAUUGUUGACUGCCCACAGCCUAAUCAGGUUGCAAGGGUGUUGCACCUCAUAUAUAGGUUGAUUGUACAGCCUAACAUCUCUAGAGCCAACUUAUUUUCUCAAUCCUUCAUCACUAGUGGUGGUGUGGAAGCACUACUUGUUCUUUUACAACGGGAAGCUAAAGCGGGUAAUAAAAAUAUUUUGAAUCAUUCUGGUGCAAAUUUUAGUGAAAAUAAUGUGCCCAAGGAUGGAAGUUCCAACAGAAAAGCUGAUAGUGCUGACACAAGAAGUCAGGUUGAUGAAACUCAAUCAGCUGAACGUCAUGAAACUGUCUUCCAUGAAGAAGCCGCUGAACAUGAAGCCACAAAUGCAAAUGAUAUGCUGGACUCAAAUAUUGGAAGUAAAGUGACUGGUUCUGAGAAUGGGCUCUUGAAGAAUUUGGGUGGCAUUAGCUUCUCAAUUACUUCUGAUAAUGUCCGGAAUAAUGUUUACAAUGUUGACAAAGGUGAUGGAAUUGUUGUUGGCAUUAUUCACAUUCUCGGCGCUCUAGUUGGAUCAGGUCACCUGAAAUUUGAUUCUGGUGCUGGAAGUCCAAAUAUACCUGGUGGUAAUCAGACCACACUUAAUGAAGAAGGAAAUACUAUGUCAGAAGAUAAAGUAUCAUUGCUACUUUUUGCAUUGCAAAAGGCAUUCCAAGCAGCCCAAAGGAGGCUUAUGACAGCAAAUGUCUAUAUGGCUUUGAUUUCUGCUGCGAUUAAUGUUUCAUCAGCUGAUGAAAGUCUUAAUCUUUAUGAUUCUGGUCACCGUUUUGAACAUAUUAAACUUUUACUGGUUCUACUUCGCUCGCUUCCAUAUGCAUCUAGGGCCUUCCAAGCUCGUGCCAUACAGGAUCUUCUGUUUUUGGCUUGCAGUCAUCUAGAUAACAGAACUACAAUGACCUCAAUUGCAGAGUGGCCAGAAUGGAUUUUGGAAGUUUUGAUUUCUAACCAUGAGAUGGGCACAAAGAAAAAUGCUGAUGGUGUAAGCAUUGGUGAGAUUGAAGACCUCAUACACAAUUUCCUGAUUAUAAUGUUGGAGCAUUCAAUGCGACAAAAAGAUGGGUGGAAGGAUGUGGAGGCAACAAUUCAUUGUGCGGAGUGGCUGUCAAUGGUUGGAGGAUCUAGCACUGGAGACCAAAGGAUCAGGCGUGAAGAAUCAUUACCUAUUUUUAAAAGGAGAUUGUUGGGUGACCUGCUUGAUUUUUCUGCCAGGGAGCUUCAAGUUCAGACUGAAGUAAUUGCAGCAGCUGCAGCUGGUGUUGCAGCUGAGGGUUUGUCUCCUGAAGAAGCAAAAGUUCAAGCUGAGAAUGCUGCUCAUCUCUCAGUAGCACUAGCAGAGAAUGCAAUAGUUAUUCUGAUGCUUGUGGAAGAUCAUCUGAGAUCACAAGGUCAACAUUUUUGCACAUCCCUUACAGGUGAUAGCAUCACAUCUUCCACAGCAAUGGCUUCAUUGGCUGCCAGUCGGUCAAAUUCUUUGGGCACAGCUGGUAAAGAACCCAUGGCUGCUGGGGCCUCAAGACGGGCAUCUUUGUCCAGUGAUGCUGGUGGCCUUCCUCUGGAUUUGCUUACUUCUAUGGCUGAUUCAAAUGGACAAAUCUCUGCUGCCGUGAUGGAACGUCUUACAGCAGCAACAGCAGCUGAACCUUAUGAAUCUGUCAAGCAUGCAUUUGUGUCUUAUGGGAGCUGCAUAGCUGAUCUUGGAGAAAGUUGGAAGUACCGAAGCCGUUUGUGGUAUGGUGUUGGCAUUCCACCCAAAUCUGAUAUAUUUGGUGGUGGUGGAAGCAGUUGGGAAUCUUGGAAAUCUGUUCUAGAGAAGGAUUCAAAUGGGAUUUGGGUCGAAUUUUCACUUGUGAAGAAAUCAGUUGCUGUGCUGCAGGCACUUCUGUUAGAUGAAUCUGGACUUGGUGGUGGUCUUGGUAUUGGAGGGGGAUCUGGCCCUGGUAUGGGGGUUAUGACUGCCCUUUAUCAGUUGCUAGAUAGCGAUCAACCAUUUCUUUGCAUGCUCAGAAUGGUUCUUGUUUCGAUGAGGGAGGAUGACAAUGGUGAAGGUGAUGCUUUUACGAAAGAUGUUAGCAUAAAGGAUGUGGUAUCAGAAGGAAUGGACCACCAGGCUGGAAGCAUGAUGCCUUUUGAUGGCAACAGUUAUUCAUCUCCAAGAAAACCUCGAUCUGCACUUCUUUGGAGUGUGCUUGGCCCCAUCCUCAAUAUGCCAAUAACGGAGUCUAAGAGACAAAGAGUGUUGGUUGCUUCCUCUAUUCUCUAUUCAGAGGUAUGGCACGCUAUUGGCAGGGACAGGAAACCCCUAAGGAAACAAUACAUUGAGCUGAUUUUACCACCGUUUAUAGCAAUUCUUAGAAGAUGGCGGCCCCUUUUGGCUGGUAUUCAUGAGCUUACUUCGUCAGAUGGACAAAAUCCACUGAUUGCUGAUGAUCGUGCUUUGGCAGCAGAUGCAUUACCUAUUGAGGCUGCUCUUUUGAUGGUAUCGCCUGGUUGGGCUGCUGCUUUUGCGUCACCACCAGUUGCGAUGGCAUUGGCCAUGAUGGCUGCUGGUGCCUCAGGGACAGAAACAAGAACACCUCCUAGGAAUACCUUGAAUAGGCGUGACACAGCAUUGCCUGAGCGCAAAGCAGCAGCAAAACUACAGGCUUUCUCGAGUUUCCAGAUGCCUUUAGAAACAGCAGCUAACAAGCCUGGGUCCACCCCAAAGGACAAGGCAGCGGCAAAAGCUGCCGCAUUGGCAGCCGCUCGUGACCUUGAGCGAACUGCUAAGAUUGGCUCAAGAAGGGGCCUUAGUGCUGUAGCGAUGGCAACAUCAGGACAAAGGAGGAGUUCAGGCGAUAUCGAGCGUGCAAAGAGGUGGAAUACAUCAGAAGCUAUGAGCGCAGCUUGGGUGGAGUGUCUGCAAUCAACUGAUUCUAAAUCAGUUGCAGGAAGGGAUUUUUCAGCCCUUUCAUACAAAUAUGUUGCAGUUCUUGUUUCUUGUUUGGCCUUAGCACGAAACUUACAACGAGCUGAGAUGGAGAGGCAAACACUAGUUGAUGUGUUAAUUCGGCAUCGUGCCUCAACAGGGCUUCGAGCAUGGCGGCAUCUUCUUCAUUGCCUAACAGAGAUGGGUAGACUAUAUGGACCUUUUGAACAUCUGUGCACUCCUGUUCAUGUUUUCUGGAAAUUAGAUUUUACUGAAAGCUCUUCAAGGAUGAGAAGAUUUAUGAAAAGAAAUUACAAGGGAUGUGAUCAUUUAGGUGCAGCUGCUGACUAUGAGGACCGGAAGCUUCUUAGUACUUCUGCACAGUCAAAUGAACACAACUCUGAGGAUGCUAAUUCUUCAUUAACAAGCACUCUUCCAUCAUCUGCUUCUGCAAUUAUGGCUGAUGCCAUGUCAAUGGAUGACAGAAAUGUGGAAAAUGAACAGUUAGAAACUGACACUACUCGCAGCAGUGUUGAUGAUGAUCAGCUUCAACAUUCUUCAGCAGCCGAUCAACAAUCGGUAAAAGGAUCGAUAGGUUCAAGAAGUUCUGACAUUUGUGCUGAUCGGAAUUUGGUUAGAUCUACAGUUCUUGCACCUAGUUAUGUGCCUAGUGAAGCCGAUGAGAGAAUUAUUGUUGAACUGCCAUCAUUGAUGGUGCGACCAUUGAAGGUUGUUCGAGGAACAUUCCAAGUAACUUCAAAGAGGAUUAACUUCAUAAUUGUUGAGUGUUCAAAUGACAGUAACAUUGAUGAUGCUGCAUCUACUAGUGGCCAAUGCGAUCAACAAGAUAAAGAUCGAAGCUGGUUGAUCUCAUCACUUCAUCAGAUAUAUAGCAGACGAUACUUGCUACGUCGAAGUGCUUUGGAAUUAUUCAUGGUAGAUAGGUCGAAUUUCUUUUUUGACUUUGGGGAUAUUGAUGCCCGUAAAAACGCUUAUCGGGCCAUUGUUCAUACCAAACCUCCUAACUUGAAUGACAUCUUUUUAGCUACCCAGAGAGCUGAGCAGAUUCUUAAAAGAACUCAGUUGAUGGAGCGCUGGGCUAAUUGGGAGAUCAGCAAUUUUGAGUACUUAAUGGAACUUAACACACUGGCUGGGCGCAGUUACAAUGACAUUACUCAGUACCCUGUUUUCCCCUGGGUAGUAGCAGAUUACAAAUCCCGAGUGUUGAAUCUGGAUGAUCCUUCGUCGUAUCGAGAUCUUUCAAAGCCAAUUGGAGCACUAAACCCUGAACGUCUAAAGAAGUUCCAAGAACGGUACUCUACAUUCGAGGAUCCAAUCAUCCCAAAGUUUCAUUAUGGUUCACAUUACUCCAGCGCUGGCACGGUCUUGUAUUACCUUUUCAGAGUGGAGCCUUUUACAACACUGUCUAUACAACUGCAAGGCGGCAAAUUUGACCAUGCUGAUCGCAUGUUUUCUGAUCUUUCUGGUACAUGGGAUAGUGUUCUUGAAGACAUGAGUGAUGUAAAAGAGCUAGUACCUGAGAUGUUUUACCUCCCUGAGGUAUUUACCAACAUCAAUGGCAUUGACUUUGGGACAACUCAACUUGGAGGGAAGCUAGAUUCCGUAGAAUUGCCUCCCUGGGCUGAGAACCAUGUGGAUUUUGUCCAUAAACACCGGAAGGCUCUUGAGAGUGAGCACGUCUCUGCUCAUUUGCAUGAGUGGAUUGAUCUAAUUUUCGGAUAUAAACAGAGGGGCAAAGAAGCGAUAAUGGCAAACAAUGUAUUCUUCUACAUCACAUAUGAGGGAACUGUUGACAUUGACAAAAUUACAGACCCAGUGGAACGGCGAGCUACACAAGAUCAAAUAGCUUACUUUGGACAAACACCAUCUCAACUGUUGACUGUCCCUCACAUGAAGAGGAAGCCAUUGGCAGAGGUCUUACAACUACAGACAAUAUUCCGAAAUCCAAGUGAACUUAAAUCCUAUGUGCUUCCACAUCCAGAUCGUUGCAAUGUUCCUGCCAGUGCUAUGCUUGUAUCAAAUGACUCUAUUGUAGUUGUAGAUGUAAAUGCCCCAGCAGCGCAUGUGGCACUUCACCAAUGGCAGCCUAAUACUCCAGAUGGUCAGGGAACACCUUUCCUUUUCCAUCAUGGUAGAAAUUCCACAAAUUCAACCAGUGGCGCACUCAUGCGCAUUUUCAAAGGAUCUGCUAGUUCUGCAGAAGAUUUUGGGUUCCCAAGGGCUAUAGCAUUUGCCGCUUCUGCAAUCCGCAGUUCAGCAGUUGUUGCUGUGACAUGUGACAAAGAGAUUAUUACUGGUGGCCACGUUGAUGGUUCAUUGAAGUUGAUAUCCCCAGAUGGAGCGAAGACGAUUGAAACUGCUUCUGGACAUAUUGCUCCAGUGACAUGCCUUGCGCUGUCGCCUGAUAGCAACUACCUUGUGACAGGGUCUAGAGAUACCACGGUUAUACUCUGGAGGAUUCAUCAGACAGGCUCCUCACAUAAGAAAAAUGCUCAAGAUCCUCCACCGACUACGCCAACAACACCACGCAGUCCUCUCUCUGGCAGCACUAGCAGCCUCUCAGAAACAAAGAGACGUCGAGUUGAAGGUCCAAUGCAUGUAAUGAGAGGACAUCUUGGGGAAGUAACCUGCUGCUCUGUUAGUCCUGACUUGGGACUUGUUGCUUCCUCAUCAAACGCAACAGGCGUUCUUCUACAUUCCUUACGCACAGGCAGGCUGAUAAGGAGGCUUGAUGUCGCUGAGGCACAUGCAAUAUGCUUAUCUUCUCAAGGAAUCAUUUUGGUUUGGAAUGAAACAAAGAAAACAUUAUCUACCUUCACUGUCAAUGGACUCCCUAUUGCUACCUCAGUUCUAUUACCUUUCUCUGGACAAGUUAGUUGCAUCGAUGUUUCUACAGAUGGCCAUUUUGCUUUAAUUGGAACAUCUUUGUUCAACAACUACAAGUGUGAUAGCAGCACUGAAACUGGAGAUCAUGAGCUUGGACCCAAUGGCACUGAUGAUGUAUCAAAAAAUUCUGAACAAUCUGAAACUGAGCAAGCUGUUCACAUGCCUUCAAUCUGCUUUGUUGAUCUGCAUAAACUGAAGGUUUUUCAUACUCUGAAGCUGGCAAAGGGCCAGGACAUCACAGCAAUUGCUCUGAACAAAGAGAACACAAAUCUUCUAGUUUCUACUGCUGAUAAACAGCUUAUAGUCUUUACUGAUCCCGCUAUCACUCUGAACUUUCUUCCUAAUAGAGUUGGUAAUAUUGUAGUUGAGCUUGAAGGUAGUGGAUCAGAUGCUGCGGCUUGGUUGGGAAGGUGA